CAGGUUCACGGAGAAUUUCUCAAGCGAUUCUUUCUGCCUUCCAAAACAGCAAAGAUCAGGCGGAUGAUACAAAAUUUCAAGCAAAAUCCAAACGAGCCCCUUUACGAGGCUUGGGAGAGAUUCAAAGAUCUUCAAAGGCAAUGCCCACAUCACAAUAUCCAAAGUUGGCACUUAAUGACGGUUUUCUAUGAAGGCCUAAAUGAAAACUCACAGAUAUUGUUGGAUGCCUCGGCGGGCAGAUCAUUCAUGAACCUUGAACUUGACGACGCUGAAGAACUCAUAGAGCGGAUCUCAACAAACGGAUCCACCUGGUACUUUGACCGUCCAUCCGCUCAACCAAAAAUUGGAGGCAUGUAUGAAGUUGAUCAAAUGUCGACCAUGGCUGCCAAGGUCGAUAGCAUGAUGAUCAUGGUCCAAAAGAUUGCUCAAGUCUCUGCUGUGCAAAACACUACGCCAGCACCGCCUCCUGUUCCUGUUCUCAUGUGUGUAUCCUUUGGUGGACAACAUGACCAAUCUUCAUGUCCAUGGGAUGCAAUGGAGCAAGUUGAUAAUGUCAAUUACUACCGGCCGCAGCAACAACAAAAUCCAUUUGGUGGAUUUAAUUCUCAAAAUAGAAAUCAUCAUGGUUUCUCUUGGAGCAAUCCCAAUGGAGCUGCCAAUCCACAAGCUUAUCGGAGUUCACCACCCGGCUUUCAAAAUCAACAGCAACAACAAUUUAGAGGUGGCCAAGGUUUUGCUAACAAUCUACAAUUUAAGCAAAACCAAAGCUUCCCCUAUGUUCCCAAUCAACAAAAGCCGAUCCUGCCAACUCCUGAAACACCAUCGGCUCCAGGCUUGGAGAACAUUGUUGAUCAGCUUCUAAAAUCUCAAUUAGCUCAAGCUGAAACCUUGAAGAAGAUUUCUGAAGAGCUUACUCAACUUCGAGCUCACAAUACGAUGCUUGAAAAUCAAAUCUCUAGUCAAGCAUCAACAUCAUCAACAAAGGUGACUGGGAAAUUGCCAGCUUGUCUCGAGAAUCCAAGAGAGCAAAUGAAUGUUAUCACUACUCGGAGUGGGAAACAACUUCAAUCUCCAUCUCUUCCGAGUAGUGAUCCUGAAGAAGAAAGAGGAGAGGAUUCCAAAGAAGAAGCUUAGAACAAAGUCAAAGGAGAUGCUGCUGAAAUGCUGCCGGAGUCAAUCCAGAUCAAAGAAGGAAAGAAAAAGGAAGAAGAAGGUUUGGUAAGGAAAUAUGCUCCACCAAUUCCUUUUCCAAACCGACUCAAGAAAUCACAUAUUGAGGAACGAAGAACCAAGUUCUUGAACCGAAUCAAGCAAUUGGAUAUCU